AUGUUUUUUAAGCAGCUUGCCGUCCUCUCUUUUGCCACCAGCGCGCUGGCCGCGCAUGGCGUCCGCAAUCCCGGCACCAACAGCCUCAACUUCAACCGCAUCGACAAGCGCUUCACCUUCCCGAUCCCCGAGUCGCAGGGCAGCCAGACCUUUGAGGCGACCUACACGAUCUCUGGCAACGAGACCUUUGACGGCGGCAUGAAGACCUAUGGUCGGGGUGUCGACUGCUCCGGCCAGGCCGAGGGAGGCGACUCGGAUGCCGUGUUCAUAGUGAAGGACGGUGGCACUCUUAAAAACGCCAUCAUCGGUGCUGAUCAGAUUGAGGGUGUCCACUGCGAGGGAUCCUGCACGAUCGAGAAUGUCUGGUGGGAGGCCGUCUGCGAGGACGCUCUGUCUCUCAAGACCGGUGAUGGCCCUUUCACCGUCAUCGGCGGUGGUGCGCAGAACGCCGACGACAAGGUCAUCCAGCACAACGGCGGCGGCACGGUCAGCAUCUCCGGCUUCACGGCCUACAACUUCGGCAAGCUGUACCGGUCGUGCGGCAACUGCGACGAGAUGUACGAGCGCCAUGUUACGCUGGAGUCGGUCACUGCUGUGUCUGGCUCUGCGUCGCUGGUUGGUAUCAACAGCAACUACGGCGACACUGCGACCAUCAAGAGCGACACUUGCGUGACCGACGUGGACACUGUCUGCACGGAGUACGAGGGCACUGACAACAACGACGAGGAGCCCCAGGAGAUCAGCACCGGCCCCAGCAACGCUUGCCAGUACACCGACCCCCUUCCUUCGUGCUAA